GAACAUCGAUCCGAAUACACGAUGCUGUCCGCGGGUGAGAUCGUUGUGUUCGACGACAUCGAAGCAAAUUGGCCUGUAACGUGCGGAAGCGAGGACGAAUUGCCCGUUUUGUUGGAUAGGCAGAAGAGUAGUAGCGCAAGAGAACGCAAUCCAAUGAUGCCCGAUGAUGGUCGCACGAAAGGUCAAACUAUUAUAGGUGGCUUGAUGAUUGCCGAGUACGAAGGAUCGCCGCGGCGCUUCGGUAGUAUUUAUACCGAUGACUAUCCGCAACCGGAUGGCCUUAUUUUAUACAAAACUACUGGCAACCUUCCUCGACCUCCUGGAUUUCCGAAACGAGUCAACAGCGCUGCAUCACUGGCCCCCAACUGUGAUGACGAUUGUGAUGGCGGCCACGUAGAAGGUUCCAACGAUGUCAGCAACGUCAAUAGACAGCGGUUACUCGAUUUGGAAAUCGGCGAAUCAAGUCUUUAUAAUGCAGUCAACGUUAAUGGCACUCAGUCAAAUGAAACUGCAUUCGAUAGUCAAACGAAAUAUUACAGUCAAGCGAAACAGCCGCAACAAAUAGAAGAAGAUAAUGACAAACAGGGGAGCAAUUUGAAGCUACAUGAUUUUGCGCUCUCGCCGGUGACAGAUUAUGAGUCUGGUUGUAGAGCGGAUUUUAAUCUGCAUAAUUCACUAACAUGCGUGUCAAACAAUUAUGAAAAUACGAAAACAUACGAUACCACGGUUAGUGAUACGAAUCACCGGGUCUCGAAGGAGCAUAUAGGUGCGCCGUGCACCGAUUACGGGAGAAUGUGCAAUAGUAUGCCAAUAUUAGAGGACGGACUGUCCAGCGGCCAUGCGUCUGACUCGGAAAGUAAUGCUCAUCUAAAUGGUGUACUAGCGACAGUAGAAACGCAGUCUUACCGUACGAAGGAGUUCAACGAAGCGAACGUCUCGUACGUCGCAAUGAGUUCAGCAGAGGCAAACGUAGCGAACGCUCACGUGCGAGAGGUAACUGAUAUUGCUAGUCUGAAUCCUACCAGUUCAGCAAGUGAUGUACAGCGGGCAUUGAAUGACAUAAGGCUGACGCUACGCAAGACCAAAACACUACCUUUGCUAGAACACAGGUGUGGAUCGGAAAAGGACGACAUGUUGGCCAGUAAUUGCGAUGCAUCGCCUAUCUGGGUGUUAAGGUCGUUAGUGGAGACGGAGAAGGAAUCAAACAAGCAAGCAUCGUUACAUCAAACGAGUAUACGCCGAACGAAUGCGGGCGAUGAUGAGGAAACUGAUACGGACUUAGAAACGGAUCGGCUUCUCGGUCAUCAGCAGAAUUUCAGUGAUUUAAAAUUCACCGAACAGCAACAUUUCGACAGCCGCGGUUCGAUCGCUAAAUCGCCCCCAUUAGUAUCGACGCUGGCGAACAUAAAGCGAAACCACACCGCACUUCGAGCCGACACUGGUGCUUACAUCCCAGGCGACAUUCCGAUUGAUAGCCUUCCUGAAAUUGAAAGCAAAGGCAGGCACAAAACCAGAGAAGGCCUUCUAAACCCGACAGUUCUGAUUGAAGGCGUACUGUUCCGGGCCCGUUACCUUGGCUCCACGCAAUUGGUGUGCGAGGGCCAGCCAACGAAGUCGACACGAAUGAUGCAGGCGGAAGAAGCCGUUACUCGCAUUAAAGCCCCGGAAGGUGAAUCUCAACCAAGCACGGAGGUGGAUUUAUUUAUUUCGACAGAGAAAAUCAUGGUGCUUAAUACGGACCUGAAGGAGAUCAUGAUGGAUCAUGCGCUGCGUACAAUCUCCUACAUUGCAGACAUUGGCCAACUGGUUGUUCUUAUGGCAAGGCGCCGCUUCGUAGCACAUGAUGCUCCGCAUACCGGAGCGAUAGAAGCGGCGGUAGCGCCAUCCGAACCGCCACCUCACACCGACGAAGCACAAAACUGUCCAGAGGAUAACAGUACUACCACCAGGGUGAUUGAAAGUCCGAAAAAGCGAACACCAAGUUCAUUUGACAACGUUGGCGCUCGCAGCAACCGUACGCCAAAGAUGAUCUGCCACGUGUUUGAAAGCGAAGAAGCGCAGUUCAUUGCGCAAAGUAUUGGCCAAGCAUUCCAGGUGGCGUAUAUGGAGUUUCUAAAGGCAAACGGAAUUGAAGACCACAGCUUUAUGAAGGAACUCGACUACCAGGAGGUGUUGAACAGCCAAGAAAUUUUUGGCGAUGAAUUGGAAGUCUUCGCCAAAAAAGAGCUCCAGAAGGAGGUGGUGGUGCCGAAGACCAAAGGAGAGAUUUUGGGUGUUGUGAUCGUCGAGUCUGGAUGGGGUUCGAUGCUACCGACGGUCGUAAUCGCGAACCUCGCCUCAUCGGGAGCGGCAGCUCGCUGCGGGCAGCUCAACAUCGGAGACCAGAUUAUUGCCAUCAACGGAUUGAGCCUAGUCGGCCUGCCGUUGUCCACGUGUCAGAAUUACAUAAAAAAUACGAAAAACCAAACUGCUGUCAAGUUCACCGUUGUCCCUUGCGCUCCCGUUGUGGAGGUUAAGAUUAAGCGACCUAAUACGAAGUACCAGUUAGGCUUUAGCGUGCAGAAUGGAGUGAUUUGCAGUCUGUUACGCGGAGGCAUCGCAGAACGCGGUGGUGUCCGAGUCGGCCAUCGAAUCAUAGAAAUCAAUAACCAAAGUGUCGUUGCUGUGUCACAUGAGAAAAUUGUCAAACUACUUGCAACAUCCGUCGGUGAGAUAUUGAUGAAAACCAUGCCAACGUCAAUGUUUCGUUUGCUUACUGGACAGGAAAAUCCGAUUUAUAUUUAAACGAAACGAACAAACGGAUGCAGGCGAAUGGACGUUGGUUGAACGUAGAUAAUGCGAAGUGUUAACGUAACAAAACCAAGGAGAAUGACUUACUGCCGUGGUCUGUGAAGAGCAGUUCAAGUUAAAACCUGCCAGAAAUGGAAAUGGGAAGCGGUUUACUAGAAAGUGUUACAUCUUGUUCAUUCAAAUAA